AUGCAUAGAGGAAAGUGCCACGGUCCAACAUCAUUUGCGCCGGUAAUUGAUGCAGCAAUUGAUGUUGUGGAGAAAAGCAAUGGUCAAUAUCAUGUUCUUGUUAUUAUUGCUGAUGGACAGUCUUUUGCUGAUUUCUACAGUAGAUGUCUCUUACGUAAACCUAUUUUGGUUGGUGUUGGAGAUGAACCGUGGGAUGAGAUGCAGCAGUUUGACGACAACAUCACAGAGCGCUUAUUUGACAGCUUUCAGAAAUCUUCCAUCUCAGGACAAAUGGCGGCGUCGGCGAGAGACAAAUGGCGGCGUCGGCGUGAGGCUGUCGCAGUGUCAGCACGGGCUGCUAUGGGACAGCAGGGCAACGUGAGGUUGCAGCGACGUCGGCACGGGCUGCGGGCUUCUAUUGCAUCUGAACGAGGUGAUGAGGAAUGA